AUGAGAAAUACUUUGAAGCUCGCGGUUGCAGCCGCUGGCGUCCACCAGGCUGUGGCCACAUUUGGUGGCGCAGGACUUGGCGCUUCACUGGGACUCGGUGCCGGAGUUGAUGCCGGCGUUGGUGCCGGCGCUGGAAUUGGUGCUGGCGUUGGUGCUGGAGUUGAUGCCAAGGUUGGAGCCGGUCUCGGUGCUGGCGUCGGUGCCGGUGUCGGUGUCGGUGCCGGCGUUGGUGCUGGAGUCGGCGCCGGCGUUGGUGCUGGAGUUGAUGCCAAGGUUGGAGCCGGCGUCGGUGCUGGCGUCGGUGUUGGUGCCGGCGUUGGUGCUGGAGUCGGUGCCGGCGUCGGAGUCGGCGCCGGCGUUGGUGCUGGAGUUGAUGCCAAGGUUGGAGCCGGUCUCGGUGCUGGAGUCGGUGCCGGCGUCGGAGUCGGUGCCGGCGUUGGUGCUGGAGUUGGUGCUGGAGUUGAUGCCAAGGUUGGAGCCGGUCUCGGUGCUGGCGUCGGUGCCGGUGUCGGUGUCGGUGCCGGCGUUGGUGCUGGAGUUGAUGCCAAGGUUGGAGCCGGCGUCGGUGCUGGCGUCGGUGUUGGUGCCGGCGUUGGUGCUGGAGUUGGUGCCAAGGUUGGAGCCGGCCUCGGUGUUGGUGUUGGCGCUGGCGUUGGUGCCGGGCUCGGUGUUGGCGUCGGUGCCGGUGUUGGUGUUGGUGCUGGAGUUGGAUUGGACCUCGGGGCCUUCCUGAAUGCCCCAUGCUUCUCCCUCCCGUCGACCAGCACCAACGUUUGUCACAAAUCCCAAUUGUCUCCGUGGGACUUCAGUGGCCUGGAUUUGGGAAGCUUCUCGUCCUAUCUCGGCUUGGAUUUCAGCGGCGGCUGGUCAUGCCAUAAGAGCAAACUUGACUCUUCCAACUACAUCAGUGGUUCUUGCACCCAAGGCAGCAGUUCUGGUCUCGACAUAUCUAUCGGAGCCGAUGCCGGUAUUUCCCUCUUCACUCCCUCCAGUUUCGACUUGUUCACAUCGUUCGAUGUUCGUCUCGAGUUCCUCUACUUCAUGCCCGACGGCAGCACCUGCAAACAAUCUUCCGACUGCUCGAAGCAAGGCACAACCAUUUACAACAAACAGUGCGCUGGAGCCACCAAGGUCCGAAUCCUCUACCCACAGCAAUUCAAGGUCAAGGCCGGUGUCUCCCUCCAGAGCUCGUGCAAUAUCUCCUGCCGCAAGAUCACAUGGCAGUGCGGACAACCCGUGAACCCUAUUACUACUUCCCGUCCCGCCACCGGUUCUCCCUCCACUUUUAUUACCACAACCAGGGGCGCGCAGACUACUCCUUCCGGCCCCCAGACGACUGGUCAGACCGCUGGACAGCAGACUACUCCUUCCGGUCACGAGACGACUGGCCAGACCACCGCGGGACAGCAGACUACUCCUUCGGGCCCCGAGACCACCGGUCAGACAGCCGGACAGCAAACCACUCCUUCCGGCCCCCAGACCACUGGUCAGACCACCGCCGGACAGCAGACUACUCCUUCGGGCCCCGAGACCACCGGUCAGACAGCCGGACAGCAAACCACUCCUUCCGGCCCCCAGACCACUGGUCAGACCACCGCUGGACAGCAGACUUCUCCUUCCGGUCACGAGACGACUGGCCAGACCACCGCUGGACAGCAGACCACUCCUUCCGGUCACGGGACGACUGGCCAGACCACCGCCGGACAGCAGACUACUCCUUCGAGCCCCGAGACCACCAGUCAGACCGCGGGACAGCAAACCACUCCUUCGGGCCCCCAGACCACUGGUCAGACCACCGCUGGACAGCAGACCACUCCUUCCGGCUCCGAGACCGGCCAGACAUCCGCCGGACAGCAGACUACUCCCUCUGGCCAGCAGUCCACCGCCCAGACCACCGCCGGACAGCAGACCACUCCUUCGGGCCAGCAGUCCACCGGCCAAACCACUCCUGCACCUCAGACCACUACCUUCGUCACCACAUACGGCAUCACCUCGACUGUUUACACGACUACCACCAAGACGAUUAUCAGCUGCGGCCCUACUGUUCCCGAGUGCCCAGGCAAGACUGGAUCCCAUGUCGUCACCGUUACGAUUCCCGUGAGCACCACCAUCUGUCCCGUCACUGAGACCCACACCAAGACCCAGAGCGACGUCAAUCCCACCGGUGGAAUGCCGACUGGUCAGACCCCAAGUGGCACCAGCCAAGGUCCAUUGCCCACUCAACCUGUCCCUUGCCAUCCUGUUGUCCCCAGAUGUCUCAACACCUUCCUUCAGUUGAAGACCAAGUGCAAGGACAACACCGAUUCCGCCUGCUACUGCCCCAACAAGGAGUUCGUCGACAGCGUCUUCCACUGCCUUUACGCUCACGGUGAGAAUGGCAACGUCAUCUCCGAGGCUGUUGCCUUCUUCCAGGGAAUUUGCGCUCCUUAUAUUCCCGUUAACCCUGCCAUUGCUACUUGUGCCCAGGGUAUCACCGAAAUCAUCACCGUCACCGGUACUCCUUACGUCCCCUCGGUUUCAUACACCACCCUGCCUUAUACCGCCACCACUGUUGUUGGUCAAUCUACCACCUCUAUCAUCUCGGGUGAGGUAACCGUUCCCGAAAUCGUCAUGCCCACUCCCACUGGCGGCGCCCAACCCUCCUUGCCGGCCGCCGGCACUGAAACUGGUGUCAGCCCCAACCAGUCGAACCCGGCCGUCAAUGUGCCCAGCAUCACUGGCACUGGUAGCAUGACUCCCAGCCAACCCACGGCCACUCUUCCCGCCACUGCCGGGGCCGGACGUGUUGGCGUCGGCAUGAUGAUGGCCAUGGUUGCUCUCGUCGCUGCGCUGUAA